UCUUUGCUUGCUAAUAGUGACAAUUGGUCUCUGCAAGUAAACUUCUUUGUCUGGUAUGAGUCAUUCUUUUCCGAUUGCUCGCUGCAAGUGGUUGGCUUUUUUUCUAUUGCGAUAAUUCUGCGAAACCUUCCAGUCGUUUCCGUAAUUCGUGCAUUGUUCGAAUUUGUUCGAUUUUAAAUGCACCCACUAAUUCAUGUCUUUGUAGCUACCAUGACGAAAGUCAACGCAGUCGGAAUCGAUCUCGGCACCACCUAUUCGUGUGUGGGUGUCUUCAUGCACGGAAAAGUGGAAAUCAUUGCCAAUGAUCAAGGAAAUCGUACUACGCCUUCAUAUGUUGCAUUUACUGAUACCGAGCGUCUCAUUGGAGAUGCUGCCAAGAAUCAAGUGGCCAUGAACCCUCACAACACCGUAUUCGAUGCCAAGCGACUUAUCGGACGUAAGUUCGACGAUCCAGCCGUACAGUCCGAUAUGAAGCACUGGCCCUUCAAAGUCAUCUCAGCCGAGGGAUCUAAGCCCAAGGUGCAAGUCGAAUACAAGGGAGAGACCAAAGUCUUCACACCAGAAGAGAUCUCAUCCAUGGUCUUAACGAAGAUGAAGGAUACCGCCGAGGCCUUCCUGGGAUCACCGGUCAAGGACGCCGUCAUCACUGUCCCCGCUUACUUCAACGACUCACAGCGACAAGCUACUAAGGAUGCCGGAGCGAUCUCAGGAAUGAACGUACUUCGAAUCAUCAACGAACCCACUGCCGCCGCUAUCGCCUACGGACUCGACAAAAAGGGACAAGGAGAGCGCAAUGUCCUCAUCUUCGAUCUUGGUGGCGGUACCUUCGAUGUCUCCAUCCUGACCAUCGAGGAUGGAAUCUUCGAAGUAAAAUCUACCGCUGGAGACACCCAUCUUGGAGGAGAAGACUUCGACAACCGAAUGGUCAACCACUUCGUCGCCGAAUUCAAGCGAAAGCACAAGAAGGACCUCAACACCAAUCCCCGUGCUCUUCGUCGUCUCCGCACAGCCUGCGAACGCGCAAAGCGUACCCUGUCAUCGUCAUCCCAGGCUUCCAUUGAAAUCGACUCACUGUUCGAGGGAAUUGACUUCUAUACUAACAUCACUCGUGCCCGUUUCGAAGAGCUGUGCGCUGAUCUCUUCCGUUCCACCAUGGACCCCGUGGAGAAGUCGCUGAGAGACGCCAAGAUGGACAAGAGCCAGAUCCACGACAUCGUUCUUGUCGGAGGUUCCACCCGUAUUCCGAAGGUCCAGAAGUUGUUGUCUGAUCUCUUCUCCGGAAAGGAACUGAACAAGUCCAUCAACCCCGAUGAGGCCGUCGCCUACGGUGCAGCGGUACAAGCCGCUAUCCUUUCUGGUGACAAGUCUGAAGCUGUCCAAGACCUGCUGCUUCUGGAUGUGGCUCCUCUCUCGCUUGGUAUCGAGACCGCCGGAGGUGUGAUGACCGCUCUGAUCAAGAGGAACACGACCAUCCCCACCAAGACCAGCCAGACCUUCACCACAUACUCUGACAACCAACCUGGUGUACUUAUCCAAGUCUUCGAAGGAGAGCGUGCGAUGACCAAGGACAACAACCUCCUAGGAAAAUUCGAGCUUUCCGGAAUUCCGCCAGCACCUCGAGGAGUACCCCAGAUCGAGGUCACCUUCGAUAUCGAUGCCAACGGUAUCCUCAACGUUUCUGCCCAAGACAAAUCCACUGGCAAGCAGAACAAGAUCACCAUCACGAACGACAAAGGACGCUUGUCCAAGGACGAAAUCGAACGUAUGGUUAAUGAAGCUGAGAGGUACAAGAAGGAGGAUGAGGCCCAGAAAGAUCGCAUUGGAGCCAAGAACUCGCUUGAGAGCUAUGCUUUCAACAUGAAGCAGACACUUGAGGAUGAGAAGCUCAAGGAUAAGAUCUCUGCUGAUGAUCGCAAGAAGAUUGAGGAGAAAUGUGACGAGGUCAUCAGAUGGCUCGAUAGCAACCAGACUGCCGAGAAGGACGAGUUCGAGCACCAGCAAAAGGAACUCGAGUCUGUUUGCAACCCGAUCAUCACGAAGAUGUACCAGUCCGCCGGAGGCGCUCCCGGCGGCAUGCCCGGACACCAAGGUGGCGGUUCAUCCAACGCUGGAGGACCAACCAUCGAAGAAGUCGACUAAAUCAUUGUUGAUCUCUCUAAUAAUCACGAGUCGAAGAUCUGGGUCGGG